AUGUCUCUCCUUGCAUUUGGGCUGUCUUUUUCCUACCUCUAUCUAACGGGCACGUUAGUAUUCGAUACCAUCCAUUGGCUCCUUCACAAAUGGUCUAGAUCACAGUGGAGAUUCCUUCGUUGGCUUUCAUACUGCCACCAAUUUCAUCAUCUCUACUACAACCGCUCGCUAAAGUUCAACGAUCGAUACUCACGACAAAAUUCCUGGAUCGCAUUACCUCUUGAAAUGAUCUGCAAAGUUUUGGGAAGCAUAGCAGGAUGGCUACUUGCCCAGCACUUAAUGGCAUAUAAUAAACGAACCAUCGAUACCGCACCUUUACUCGUGGCAUCUGGAUUUGAGUUUAUGCGAACGCUUCUUGUCAUUGCCAUGAGCGGUCGAGACUCGAACCAUAUCGCCUUUGACACCGUGCCUAAAGACCAUAGCUGGCUUUUUGUCGGACCCGAAUACCACGCCUUACACCACGUGCAUCCCGAUCGAUACAUGGGCUCGAUGGUCAAAGUAUUUGACUGGGUAGCGGGGACUGCAUGCUCUCUUCGAAAUAGAAGGGUCAUCCUCACAGGCGGGUCUGGCGCGUUUGGGCGCGCAAUUGAAAAACAGCUCCUGUCGGAAGGGGUGAAGGAUAUUAAGAAGAUACACUUUGGAAAAGACUGGACUCAUCAUGACUUCUCUGGCGUCAGCCGCCAUUUCGAAAAAUCUGAUAUCCUUAUCUUAGCACAUGGUACCAAAGGGAUGGAUGCCAUGGACGCUAAUUGCAACUCGACCAUGCGCCUCAUCGAAAUCUUCCUUGGACGCAAAGCUCUUGGCAAUACUCGCCAGAACAAGACAGUCCCGGAGAUAUGGUAUGUAGGCAGCGAGAUUGAAGUUCAUCCUGCAUGGGGGAACCCAGAAAUGCAACGUUACUCCGCCUCAAAGCGGGCCUUCCUACCUUAUGCUCGAGCCCUAUAUGACGAUGCUCGGGUAAUCUACCGUCACAUAGUACCUGCGGCGUUUGAAUCACCUAUGGGUAAAGCCAUUGUUUCGCCAGAUUGGGCUGCCCGUGUGGCACUAUGGUGGAUUCGUCGUGGAGCUUAUUAUGUUCCUGUCACCUACACAGGACUCGCCUUUUUGAACUUCUUCAAGUUCCUUCUCUUGGUUCGCCCACACACAGGGGAAUAUCGUGAGUAG